UAGGGAUCUUUUUGGCUGCGCGAGGGAGACACGGUAGGGUCUUCUUGAGAGCGGCUGCGGCUAGGAACCCCUGGACGCCCCCUAAUGGAGAACUCCUCCAAUAACAGCCAGGGGUCCUUGGAACAACAGGGCACUGGAGGUGGUGUGCAGGUGCUGGCAGGCUGCUUGCUCUCCCUGCUGGUGCUGAGCACCCUGGUGGGCAACACCCUAGUCUGCCUGGCUGUCAUCCGGUUCCGCCACUUGCGCUCCAAGGUGACCAACUGGUUUGUGCUGUCGCUGGCCGUGUCCGACCUUUGUGUGGCCCUGCUGGUCAUGCCCUGGAAGGCAGUCACUGAGGUGGCGGGCGGUUUGUGGCUCUUCGGCAGCCGCUUCUGUGACACCUGGGUGGCUUUUGACAUCAUGUGCUCCACAGCCUCCAUCCUCCACCUCUGCAUCAUCAGCCUGGAUCGCUACUGGGCCAUCACCAGCCCCUUCCGCUAUGAGCGGCGCAUGACCCAAUGCCUGGCCUCUGCCAUGAUCGCCCUGGCCUGGACCCUUUCCAUCCUCAUCUCUUUCAUCCCUGUCCAGCUCCACUGGCACAAAGCCAAGGACUGGGGGCCCCCCGAGCCGCGCUUGCCCCGCUGCGACACUAGACUCAACCGCCCAUACGCAAUUGCCUCAUCCCUGAUCAGCUUCUACAUCCCUGUGGCCAUCAUGAUGGGUACCUACACACGGAUCUACCGUAUCGCUCAGGCUCAGAUCCGCCGCAUCUCGUCCCUGGAAAGGGCAGGGGGCCUGUGCUCAGUCCAAGGAAAGGAGCCCGCCUCUUUCCUGCGGAGCUCCCUGGGCAAGGAGACCAAGGUGCUCCAGACGUUGUCCAUCAUCAUGGGGGUCUUUGUCUGCUGCUGGCUGCCCUUCUUCCUGCUCAACUGCCUCUUGCCCUUCUGCGAAUCGAGGUCAGACGUCAGGAUUCCCGGGCAGCCCCCCUGUAUCAGCCAAACGACUUUCAAUAUCUUCAUGUGGUUUGGCUGGGCCAAUUCCACUAUCAAUCCAGUGAUCUAUGCUUUCAACACAGACUUCAGGCGGGCAUUCAGCAGCCUGCUGGCCUGCCACCGACUCCCAUGUUGGGCUGCCAACCGUUCUGCCAUUGAAAGAUUCAACCUGAGCAAUGAUCUGGUCUCCUAUCACCAUGACUCUUCCGGCCACAAGGAUGAGGGUGUCCCACUUGCCUUGCCUCUACCUGCCGUUGCUGCCUGGAGGCCAUCACAUGCAGUGGACUUCCAAGAGGAGAAAGAGAGCCCUGAGGAAUGCCUGUUAGGGGAAGGGACACAGCCAUGCUGUGCAGUUGCUCAAAGAAGCAACACCAGAAGUCUUAACCGACCACCUUUACUCCCUUUUGAAUGUGAGACUGAGAUCUCUCUGGACACUAUUACUCCCUUUGCAGGGGUUACUGGACAUUAGCAUCUCGACAGAGCUGUGUCAGAAGUAUGGCAUCCACCGACAUGGAUGGGGCCAUCUCAGAUGGGUAACAGCUGCAUAGGACAACAGCUACAGUAAUCUUUCACUUGCUCAGUCAUGAUUACUGUUGGCUAGCAAUUGAUUAUGUCCUUUCAUAGGCUUAAUUCGCAUUGAGGUGGUCAACCCGGGUCUUCUGAGUUGUGCUAACCUGUGAUAACAGGUUAAAUGUCCUACAGAAGGUCUCUUCCACAUAGAAAACUUGAUCUCAGAAAAGGGGCUUGUGGCCUAGCUCUCUCCCUGACAUGCUAGGUUCUUACUGUUUUUGUUUGUUUGUUUGUUUGUUUUGCAUGGAGGAUCAGUCUAUCAAACAUGAGCCCCCUUCUGCAGCCUGAAGUGGUACAGCCCAGGAACAGAUUUACUAUUUCAGUGAGAACUAAUGAAUUUGCAUACAUGCGACUCAGCAUAAUUUUAAUGUGGAAAUUAGGAACAUAGGAAGCUGCCUUAUACCAAGUCAGACCACUGGUCCAUCAGUUUCAUACAGGAAUCUUUUCCAGCCCUACCUGAACAUCUUCAGGGAUUGAACCUGGGGUCUUCUGCAUGCAAAGCAGAUGCUCUAACACUGAGCUACAGCCCCAUUUCCAGGUAUUGCUGCAGAAUGUGAGAGUCCUGGUGGAAGAGUGGGCUAGUCGUAUGUUGCACCAAGACAUCUACAAUCUGCAACAAGACCUUCCCAAGGUCUUGGAAAUUCACAGGAUUAUACCAGUGUGCUGCAUUUAUGUAAAUUCAUACUAAGUUAUGCACAUUCAAUUUCUAAUCUUUCUUCCUGUGCACAGUUUCAGCACACCGUGCAGUUCUUUAUAUCAAAGCCAAAAGUUAAGAGAUUGUUUUAAACUGGGGAUGGGUGAGUGGGUAGGUUGUAUUAAGGGGAAAUUGCAUUAGAUGUGCUGCACAGAUUUUCCUUGGAUUAUAUAAUGCCAAUGUGUAAAUAUGUGUAUUUGGCAUAUAUGCUUUACAUUUGCAUGUUUUUCCCCCUGAACAUGUUAUUUUAGCUUUCAUAUAAUUUUGUUGAUUUUUAAAUAUUGUUGCAGAUGGAACAAUGGUGGCAAGACAAAAGAUAUGCAUGGGUAAGUGACAGGCAGUAGCAACUUAUCAUGGCUAGAGAAUGUGGUUGGAGGCUCUAAGGGAAGGACAAAGAAGCACCAAAUCCUGUAAGUUAUUAUUAUUGACUGGCAUCCAGACCAAUAAAGUAUGUGUGUGAUAUGUCACCCAGUACAGGGGAGGGUGAUUUUAAUUGAUCUUCCCUUCCCUCUUUAGCUGACUAUAAUUCCUGAAAACAUAUGCCUGAGUGUCGCACAGCCCUCAGGAUAUAUUUUCAGGACUCACAAUUGGCCGCAGAGGGAAGAGAAGAUAGAUAAAAGUCACCCCUCCCCUGUACAGGUGAACCUCGUCAUUCGCGGACCUGGCAUCUGUGGUUCUGUGUAUCCACGGUUGGGUAAUUGACACCUGACAUUGGCAUAUGUGAGUGGGAAAUGGUUGAAAGGGUUAAUUUAACAUAUCCGCAGUUUUGUAGUGGCCAGAAAUGACCUCUGAGGUCAUUUCCAGCCACCAUUUAAAGGAAAGGAGCCAUUUUGUGGCUCAUCUGUUGUUUUUUUAAAAAACCCUAUGAAAAAUCAUGGGAAAAUGGCAAUUUUGGAUGUUUGGGGGGCAUUAUGGGACAGCUGCAGACCUGCGAAGCAUGGUAUGACAUUUUGCAUUAUUUCUGCCAGAGUAACACAAAGGGAGAUACCAGCAGCAGCCAGCCAUGGAAAAACCCUGUGCUAGUAUAAAUAGGUACAGUUGCUGUUCUCCUGCUAGAUAUAAGUGAGUAAGGCCGUGCACUACUGCAAAUUUGGGAUUGGAUCCAAAUCUGAUUAGAAACCAUAUAUAUAAGUUUUAGGUCCUUUGGACCCUUCAGAAUUCUGGUCUCGGAUUCAGUAUGAGAUUUCAUUCCAGAAAUCUGUUUUUUAAUCUCCUGGCAAAAAAUCCCCAUAGAAGUCUAUGGGAAAGUUGUUGGGUUUUUUUUAAUGCUGAAAAAGGGAGAGCUUUGGAAGUUGGCACACAGGAUAGCAGGACUCUGAGUAUUUAUUUAAUUACAAGGGAGUCCAAUCAUUUGUUGUUUUUUUAAGCAACCUGGAAAUUGUACUCAUAUCUGAUAACUGUGAAAGAGAAGUGAUGCCACAUCCAAGUAUUGCAGAGGAAGUGAUGUAGCACUGGAGAAUCUACCACUUAAUUUUUACAUUUGUACAUGAAAUAAUUGGCAAAAUGAAGAAAGAAAUGCAUGGGCAGGCAGGGCAGAUAAAUGGCGGACGAUACCUCCACCCCACCAGUCGUGGGCGGGGGGAAAGGCUGAAUCUGUUUUAUAUUUCCAUCACCAUUUAGAGCUCUGGAAUGGCAAUAAUGUUGGAGAUGCAGCUCCUGAUGGCAUGAGCUCUUAGCACCAGCAAACCUAUUGACUACUAGGGGCAUUCCCUCUCUGAAUGCCCUUUGAUGGUCUCAGAAUUCUUUCUCUCACCUGGAGAAAGAGACUUCCUUCUCCUUCCUUCUCCACUUCCUGUAUGUAGCUAGCAGCCAGGCAUGGAGGCUUCAUCUAUCUCCCUGAUGGAUUUCCUAAAUAAACUACUUUAUUUAGAACUUUAACUCCAUGUCUCCAGACAAUAUUAAUUAGCGGUGCUCUCCUUACCAGUGCACUUUUGCUGCAGCUGGGGUAGCUAAGGAAAUUUCCCCAAGCUCUCUAACAGAUGGUGACUCUGGAAUGCUCCAGAAAUCCUCAAACCAUAUUAUUUAUUUUAUUUUAUUUUAUCAAAUUUUUAUACUACCCCAUAACUUCUGUCUCUGGGCAAUUUUAUUUAUUUAUUUACUUACUUGAUUUUAUAUACCGCCCUUCCAAAAAUGGCUCAGGGCUUAUGUGGUUAAAUUUGUUAAAUGACUUAUGUUGUUAAUUUAUAACAACAUAAGACAAGUUAAAACACAAAAGUAAAAAACCUUAAAAUAAUUUAAAAGCACAAUUAAAUUAAAAUGCUUGGGUGAAAAGAUAAUAUUUUCUUAUCCCAUAUGAAUUUUCAUAUGGGAUAAUUCCAGACCGGAAUAGGCUUACCUAUUCUGGAUCAGAAUUAUCUCUGGAAUGACCCAUAUCAGGCCAUUUCUGGAAUUCCAGAACCGAUAUUGCACUGCCCUAGAAGAGAGCAACCACUUUUAUGGGAACUGCUGUUAUGUCUUCUGUAACCAAAAGGGCUAGAAACUUGCUUUAAAUCAAAGGAACCAUCUAAGAUCCAGAUCCCUGGUGACACUCUGCCACUGGCAGCUCCUCAUGCUAGAAGAACCAAGGGAAACGGAGCCUGCAGCCCCACCACAUUCCACAGGCACAGUCCUGCCUCCAUCCUUCCACAGAGGAGUCCCCUGAGGACUUACCCACCCCCAAAGCAUUGCCAGUCCCAGAGCUUAAGAAAUCAGACAAGGCUCUUUUUUGAGCCAUAUCCUUUCCUAGGAAAGAGGUGGGGCCAGUUCACUGCCUGGGCAACAGCUAAGAAACCCAACAGUCUGCUGCAAGAAGUUCCGGGAAUAAUAUUAUUCGGUGUUGUAUUGCUCAGCCUUUGGUUUCUCUUAUCAGCUGACAGACUAACUCUUGCCUUGAAGGAGACCCCAUAUUGGCCUGCAACAGCACUGGAGUCUCCCAAGCACCUGCCAGUCAAAAUAGAGACUCGGCACUGUCAGAGAAUGCCUACAAAACUAGGCAGGUCUCUUUAAAGACUCUCCGGGUCUUUCCCAGGGAAGGUGUGAGGCCAAACCACUCUACCUGGACAGCAGCUGUAAAAACUUGCAUUCAACUCCAGACAUUUGCUGGAGCAACAUCUGAUCUACUCUGAUGUACCUACUAAGAGCCCCUGGUGGCGCAGUGGUAAAACUGCCGCCCUGUAACCAGAAGGUUACAAGUUUGAUCCUGACCAGGGGCUCAAGGUUGACUCAGCCUUCCAUCCUUCCGAGGUCGGUAAAAUGAGUACCCAGAAUGUUGGGGGCAAUAUGCUAAAUCAUUGUAAACCGCUUAGAGAGCUUCGGCUAUAGAGCGGUAUAUAAAUGUAAGUGCUAGCUCCCUUUCUCCUUCUUGGAGCAAUCUGAGGCCCUGAUUCCUUUGCCUGACUUUUGUUUCUCUUGGAGGAGGAACAAGGCCUGUCCUCCUCCUGAGAUUUGGUGGCAUCCAGAUCCCUGCCUUGGAGCAGGCUAGAAAAUAUGGUACCAGACAGAAAGGGCAUUCAUAUUUAUUAUUGUAUUUAUUUAUUCGAUUGGCCCCAUAAUGCUGGCAAGUUGUUAAUGUUAGCAAAUCUCCCCAUGCUUGGACCGUGAUCCAAAUAAUCUACUAUUAGCCAUGGAGUGCAAAACACAAAUUCUGCCAGUAAAUCUUCCCCUUUGCAGCUAAUAGCAGCUUCAUGGCGUGGCGUGCGUGGCAAUGAUUUAGGUGACUCUCUAGGGCCAAAGGCACAGCCACUCCACUUACUGCCCCCCGCCCAGCACUGAUCCAAAUGCCGUGAUUGCUUUUUGAAAAGCAAAAAGAAAUCAGGCAUCCCACUGAUGGAACUUCCAUGCCAGAUUUAGUUUGGACCUGAGUCUAUAGCCCUAUUCAGACAUUAUGCAGUAUGAGAGUACAGGUGCCUGUACACUCAUACAUAUAUUAGUAUGAUUGACUGUACCUGCACUCAUUUAAAAAGUGAACCUGGUUACAGGCCCCUCAAAUGCAUGCUACUGAUAGGAAAUGUACUGCUGUACCUGUGUUCAACAUAACGUGUGAAUAACUUUACCAAUGUACAUAACUGUACCUGUAUGUACAUAACUAUACUGUACAUAACUAUAAUGUACAUAAUGUACAUAACUAUAAUGUACAUAACUAUAGUGUACACUCGUAUGAGUUCAAUAUAAUGUCCAACUAGGGCUCCUGUUUACACUGCACAUCCAUUGUGCAGGACAUGACGUGUGGCUUGCCCCACUGAUGAACAGCAGCAGUUCAGUGCAGUUGGCCACUUGAAACCAGAUGAGAUGCAUGUGGUGUGAUGAUAGAUGAGUGAGUGAGUGAGUGAGUGUGCCAGUUGCUGCUGCAUUAUCAGCAGCAGCAGCAGUGAUGGACAGAGUGGGCCAGAACGGCAGCAUCAGGCGGGCACAGGAAGAGCCCACUCUAGAAAGGCAGAGGGUCACCCUUUCAAUCAUUUCCUUCUUCUCCAAGGGGAGCCAUCGAGGCUAUUCAUACGACUGCUUGAAAGUGGGCUAAGGGAUCCCAGUGGGCUUUCAAGCGGUCAUGAGAAUUGCCGGGAGCCGCACGACUCCCAGUGGUUAGCCUGCUUAAUCCCCCCCCCCCGCUUAAACGAGGUUAGUGGAGUGAGUGCUCUGCUAACUCCAUUUUGGCAAUCGUGAGUUGCCACAGCACGGCUCCAUGCCUCAACAACUCACGAGGGGACCCCCAACCAGGAGGCUCCAACAAGCCUCCCCGCCUCAAGGGCCUCCCCAGAAUGCCCCACACACUUGCGCGGGGCAUCCUUGGUAGAGUUGCGAUGCCCCCCCAAAUUCCAGGUUUCACCCAGAUUUUAAGCAUCUCACUCAGGUUGUUUCGCCCACUCAGAUUUGCCCAGAUUUCAGCUUUCAUUAAAUAAUUUUAAAAAGCUAAGCCCUUGUAAAGUGGAGUUAUGGAGCAAAACGUGCAGUCACUAUUCUGCUCAAAAAUGAUUUUCAAGCCAAUUUACAUAAUAUGCAAAUUAGGCACGGGAAAGCCAGAAUAAUACAACCCUAAUCCUGGAACGUCCAGGUGCCGGGUGGCCCCCGAUCCCCACCACCCCUACCAGCUCUGUGACGGAGCCAAUAAUCGUGUGGGCAGCCGAUCCGGCCACCCAGGGAGGGCUUAAUGCUUGUGUGCAGGGAGGGCCUCAUCCUUUGUCUUCUCAGGAAACUGCCUUCCAACCCCAUCCUACCAGGGCUGUCCUCAGGGCUGAGCAGGCCGAGUGACCGCCUGGCUCUGCUUUGGUUGCUGCCAUUAAAAUUAACUGGAAGCAGGCAAUGGCUGACUCGCACCAGGCCCCACAGCCUGCCAGGGCUCUCCACGGACACCCUUCCUUCAUCCGACACAUGUUUACUUGGAAACCCAUCCCACCAUGUACCCACGAAGGUUUACUUGCUCCCAAGUAUGCAUGCCUAGGAUUGCUGCCAAAGCAACAGUGAUUUAGGGAGAGGAGAGGACUUCUUUGGAGCUGUCUUGCACUGACUGAGCAGGGGCAGGGCCUGUUUUCUGGCCACUGUCCUCGGUUAAAAUUGUGGGUCCCUUGAAUGAGGGGGAAAGAUGCACAAGUAGCUAAUGAUUGCUUUCAUUAAUAUUGCUAAUCCGUUUUAGUGUAAUAACGUGCUUGACUUUGGUCCCUGCACAGCCAGUCCUGGUUGAUUCCAGCCUACCCCUCCUGAGUUGUGCAUCCCUGCUGUAAAGUGAUGAUCUUGUGUUUUAUGAUGUUGACCAAAACAUGGACGGAUUUAUACCCUCUGUGAGUUUCUAAAGUUAAUUCUCUUUGAUGUUGAGGGUUAUUGAAUAGAAUCAUAACAGAUGGACUACCAUUUCUUUUUGCCUUCAUGUUUUCUGCACAUGCAUUCUGGGGCAUAAAGCCCUCCAAGACCUCUAUUAAAGUAACUCAUUGCCACUGUGUUUAUAUUUAGCAAGGCUUGGUGUAUGUUUAAAAUAUAAUACAUUUCAGCUUCUA